UUCCUACGAUCGAUAGGGAUGGAUAGAAAAUUUCCCGUCGAUAUCGCGAGAUGCACGUUGCUACAAAGGCUGCUGCUCGUUGCGGUGGACAAGAGACACGGAUACUCUGGAGAUAUACGCGAUACCGUAGCUUCCCGAUAUUCUCAAAUUUCUACGAGCAAGAGACAGUUAUCCACAGACCGUUCAUCCACCGAUUCGAUACCGUACGAGAUUCCAUCGAAAAUUUCUGAACCGAUAAAAACACUUCCGAAGAUACCUUUGGUCGCUAAAAUUCGACCGGAAGAUCGACCAAUGGUACAGACAGUUUCGAAAAAGGAAAAGAAUGAAGGAAUCGAUGAGAUCUUAACAAAAUGGAACGUCCAUAAAAAGUCCACUAAAAAAUAAAA